AUGCUCUUCACGAAAACUCCAUACACACCGACUGAAGACAAUUAUCAGAUAGUGACCGGUGAAAACCUUCCGCUGGGAAUAUUCAAGGGACCUUUGCAGUACACCGUCUGGAGGCAAGUGAUAGAAGCCAUUAGGUCCGCUCCAUCCAGUCUGACCCUGAACCCAGAUACAGCGCACAGCUGGCUCAUCCUGUCCGAUGACUUGAUCAGCGGUAGAUACGGUGAUAAGGCUCGGCUGCUUCCCGAAACCCCAGAGAAGUUCUACCGGUGCGUGUGCGUCCUUGCGUCCGAGGGCUUCACCUCAGGGAAGCACUACUGGGAGGUUGAGGUAGGUGACAGUUCCGAAUGGGAUCUCGGAGUGGUGGCCGAGUCCGUCAACAGGAAGGGAGAAAUCACGGCUAUGCCAGAGGCCGGGUACUGGAUCAUAUGUCUGCGAGGGAGCGAAUACAAGGCGGGCACCCUUCCCCACACACGCUUGACUGUCAGCGUGAUGCCCAGGAGGAUGGGCGUAUACCUCGACUACGAAGAGGGCCAGGUGUCCUUUUACAUUGCCGACAACAUGACCCACCUCCACACGUUCAUCGACAUGUUCACCGAGAAACUCUACCCUUUCUUCAGCCCCUGCCUGAACGGAGGUGGGAAAGCAAUGGAGCCCCCCGCAGGGCCUGUUCUGCUGAAGGUCGGUAACGUGGACACUUUGGCAAGAGUGGGAAAUUCUGGUCACAAGGUGGAAAUGGUUGGGCUGGGGUUGCCUUCUUUGAAACAAGGCGAGAUUUAUCAGAAUUAGAAUUAGAACCAUGUUUCAAUCAUAUAUCAAUGAUACUGGCAGUGAUAUGCCAAUAUCACUAGGAUAUGUCGUGAAGUGUGUUGAUUUGCAGCACCAGUACAUUGCAGUGCAAUAAACAAAAGACUUGAAAUCGUAAUAAGAAAUAUAUUUAGAAAUUCAAUUACAUAAGUAGUGCAAAAAAAGCAAAGAAAUUAUUGGGGUAAUAUACAUGGGUUCAUUAUCCAUCUAGAAAUCUGAUAGUGGAGGGGAGGAAUCUGUUCCUGCUCAUUGACUCUGUGGCUUCAGGCUCUUGUACUUCCUCUCCGAAGGUAGCAGUGAUAAGGGGCUAUGUUCUGGGUGAUUGGUGUUCUUAAUGAUUGAUGCUGCCUUUUGAAGUAUCGCCUUCUGAAGAUGUCCUUGAUGCUGGAGAGGCUACUGCUAAUAAUGGAUCUCCCUGAUGCUAAUGAUAAAGCUCGCUGAGUUCGCGACUUUUCUCAAGCUUUGACCAUAAGAAUAUAGGAGCAGAAUUAGACCAUUGGGCCAAUCGAGUCUGCUCCGCCAUUUCAUCAUAGAACAUAGAAUAGUACAGCGCAGUACAGGCCCUUCGGCCCACAAUGUUGUGCCGACCAUUAAACCCUGCCUCCCAUAUAACCCACCAACUUAAAUUCCUCCAUAUACCUGUCUAGUAGUCUCUUAAACUUCACUAGUGUAUCUGCCUCCACCACUGACUCAGGCAG